ACCUCAUCCAAGGACACAGGCAAGAAGAACAGAAAGCGGAAAUCCGCAAGAAGAGAGUUUCAACACCAUGAUCCACCCCCGAUAUUCAUCGGCCCACGGGGCAUUCAAUGCAUUUCUCAAUCAAAACCUCAUCUUGGUUCUCUGCAACCUGGCGGCCUGAACAUUGCGUGGGGGUCUCAGUUGAAGAGUGGUAAUUGCUACGUCUUGGUUCGUCGUUCAAUCCACCACCGACCCUCUUCCCUUUCCCCUUCCGACUUCACUGAGUUUAUCCAGUUUGAGAACUUGUCGAAUUGAAGUCUCUCUCUCUGUCUCUCAAUACACAGUGGAGUCAUGUAUGAUUCUGGUGGCCCCCCCCUCCCCCCCUCUGUCACUGCAACAUCGGCUUGCAUCAUUCUCAACUUAUUAUGGCGCGCAUUUGGCGGCAAACACAUCCCCCCCCAAAAAAAAAAAAUUGAUCACAUGCAACACUUUAUUCUUUUUGGGACAUGUUUCUGUUUUUUGUCAAGGUGGAACCUACCUACCUAGCCAAAAAACUUCAGGUUCGCGUGCCUGGAGUUAACUCAACUGUAUGUAUGGUACCGCGAAGGGGUAUUGUUCAUGUACAUAUCCCUUUCCCCAGACACACACGACUCGCUCGCGACAGAAUGUUACGAGCCAAGGGCGCAAAAGCAAGUACAGAAAACGAAAAGAGAGAGCAUGAUACCCAACCCACAAAAGCCGCCGGUACUUCGCGCUUGGACGACGAACGCGAUCUCGCAAGGUCGGGUUGUUUUCGUACAAGUGGAAGGGGUAGGGUAUCAUCAGGACAGUAGGGGUGAUCAAGUUUAAACGGCCCUCGAUCUGUGUUUUGGACCUCAAUGGCAUUGCCAAUAGCUCCGGGACUUUUGCACGGGAUUGAAAGAGCUUGAAUGACAUGAUAUCAAAGAGGAGCUUUUCUUCCUUGAGGGCGAAUACUAGUUAUCGUAUUAGUGAGACGGUUGGACCAAGGGAGAGAGGCUAGGAGAUAUCGCCAGUGCGCGAUAUCAUAUUCAUGAAAUGGGGAUCCCAUCAUCGCAAACACAUGUCAAAGAGGGGCUCUUCUCACUUUUCCUCUUUCAACAACAGCUCACCCACGUGGAUACGGUUUUCAUCAGGCAGACGAGAUCGGCCAUCGGACGGUGGGCAUAUCGGUCGAUCGGGCGGCAUUUGUUGUCACUGUCACCAGCGUUGCUUUCGCUGCUUCUCAAGAUGAGACGACUCAGCCAACCACCAUCACCACCAAAGAGGGAGGCUGUGUGCCUCUGCAGCAAUUUCCAGGUCGGCUCGGGUUGUCUUGAUCGGGUAUAUUUCCUACCUUCUGAAUGUGAUCCCCGAGGGGAGGCCACGACAACAUCAUCCCACACAUCGUACUACUUUACUUGACUCUUCCACCCCCAAAAGUGGCUCGAUGUUGAGGCCUUCAAGACCAUGACCUGCAUGCUUGUUAAAUUAUUUCGUGCAGUAGCAUCCUCCGCCCAACCACCAACCCCCCGCAUCCGAAGCCGAAGGGUGAGGAGCCAAGCCCAACCAUCUAUUUGAUGCCCCGUAGGAUCAUCAGUGGUUGAGGGUUCAAGAGGAAGCACUUGUGAAUGGAGCAGCUGAUCUCGGGUAGCGGAUAGAUUCGGGCGGAAACGUGGCCCGCGAACGGGAACGGAGUUCGGGGUUGAUAUGUCGUCCUCCUGACUGAGACUGGCGACUUUUACGAGCAGACGAUGAUACCAAGCGCUGGUCCAAGACCCUCCAAGACUCCCCAAGACUGACCAUUUUCCUGGGGGUGGUUUGUGCUCACGAGAUUGAGUCUUGUCCUGAUGAGGCAUGGUUGAAGCUGAACGAAAAUGGAAAGCGACAUUGUCGAAAAUGGAACUGUCCCCUUUUUGCCCCUUUUGGGAAAGGGGCGCUUCUUUCUUUGAAGGAGCGAAGUUUGGUUGCGUUCUUGUCUGUCGGAACUUUUGGGCUCGGCGGUGAUCAGUGCUCAGUGGUGGUGGUGGUGGUUGCCGAGGCGCAACAAAAGUGGCCAAGAAGAAGGGAAAAAGAGGCUAGAUCCCAGGGGUUGAAGUGGUUGACAAGAAGGGAGAUACGUCAUUGACAGGUUUUUGGCAGUGUGAUUGAUGCGAUCUCGGGCACAUGAAACUCGGUUUCUGCCGACCAGAGCAUUUGAGGUAUUUUGUUUUACGGAGCUCUAGGUAGUCUGGUUUGAGGUUGAUCACGCGCAUCGCUUCAAGUUGACAGGAGGAAGUGACAGGAACGAGAUCGGAGAGGAAGUGUGGGAUGCUGAAACGAGUGAAAUUGGGGUUCAUGCUGCUGACAAUGCAUCUGGUGCCGAUGAUCUCUCCCGGGCGGUGCUGGUGGAGUCGUUUGGGCGCAGCGGCAGGAGCGGGAACGAAAUCUUCCCCACACUCUGAAUUUACGAUUUCCGAAACCAAAGCCCUGGUGUUUUCUGGAAAAUGUCCAGUUUAUCAGGACCCUGAAUGGAGGGGUAAGCUCUUAUCGCCACGUGAGGACGUGCAUUCUCUCAACACGCUCCAAGCUGUUGGUCAUUGAGGUGCGCGACGUAAAUUAUUUACGACUGGUGGGUGCGUUAUUCUGAAAAAUCAGUAUCAUGGCCCUCCAGCUUUACGUCUGGGGCCCUGCCUUCGGGCUGCCCUCCAUCGAUGCAGAGUGUAUCGCCGCCAUCGCUUAUCUUGCUCAGACCACAAGUAAAGCCGAUUACCAACUCAUACAAUCCAGCCCCUCAGCUGUACCAACCCACCACCUCCCCGCCCUCCACGACCCAUCCACCCGAACUUGGAUAUCAGGCUACACCUCCAUCCUCCGUCACCUCCAAACCCACCCCCCACCCUCCUUCCACGAUGCCACCUUCCCCCCCCCAACACCCACCAUCCAAGCUGACAGCAAAGCCUACACCACAUUCCUAUCCGCCAACGCAACCCCCCUCAUAGCCCUCUACCUCUACGUCUCCUCCGCCAACUGGGCAGCGAGCACCCGCCCAGCCUACAGCAAGAUCCUGCCUAUGCCGCUGCCAUGGACAGAACCAGCCCAGCUCCGACAGACAAUGUCUGCCCGGGCGGAACACCUAGGCAUGUCAUCGCUUGACACGGACGUCGAGACGGAAAAGGAAGAACAAGAAGCUGCUGCUGCGAGGAGGGCGGGGUGGAUAUCCAUCCCGGCUAGUUUGACGAGGGGGCCGAGUACGGUUGGGGAGGUUAUGACGCCGGAGGAGAAGAGGAGAAUUAAGUUGGAGUGGUUGGCCAAGGAUGUGCUGGAUGUUAUUGGGGAGGUUGAGUGGGCCAAGUUGACGAUGGGGGCGAGGUGUGCUGUGUUGGGGUGGGUUAGUUUGAUGAUUGUUGAUGAGGGGGUGCCGAGGAGGUGGUUGGCGGAGGUGACAAGGCAAAAGUAUACGGGGCUGGUUGAGUUUGUGGAGGACUGUAGGAGGGAGACUUUUGGUCCUGGGCCAAGAGGAUGGGAGAGUUUGCCUUGGGUCGACGAGGGGACGGAGGCACAUGGUUUAGGGCUCAAGCUUUACCAGAGACUUGGGCAUGGAGUUAUGUAUGAAGUGCCAUGGAUCGGAGAGGUGUGGAGAAGGUGGUGGGCUGAAAAGAGGAGGAGACAAGUGCUGGAAUAUAAAGGCGUCAAACAGGGGCCUAGUCGGGACAGACUUGUCUUCGCAGGACUUGGGAUAACAGUUCUCACAAUGGGCGCUGCUAUCUGGUAUUGGCAGACCUUGCCACGAUUCGGAGCCUUGGUACAACGAUGGGAUCAGCCUAUUCACGCAGUGGGUGGCUUGGGUGCCGCUGGGGCGUUUUUAUCAAGCAUGUUUGAUGAACUAUAAAAAAGAAUAUACGGCGUUCAGGGCUGAACUAGGGUUAGAAAGGUUUACAAAAUGAUUCCCCUCAAAGCAUUUAGAAGCAACGACGCGCAAUGUAUAAGUCUCGCAUGUUCUCAU